GCAGGACGGCGUUCACCCGCGUGGCUUCGUCGUGAGGGCAACGAGCAGCGUGAGGAGUCUCCAUAGCGACCGCUUCCCCAUAGCCCCACCCCCCACUCACCCAGCCCCUCCCCACCCCCCCCCCCCCACGCGCGUUCCCGUUGCCAAACAAAAGGCGGUUGACUGCGCGCGCACCGCUGCACACCGGGCAGAGGGGGCGAGCGCUCGUCAGGAGGGGGGGCGGACAACACCGGAGCCCGAGGUGACAGGAAGAAGCCAUGUUUCGUGAAAUGGAAGAUGAUCCCUUUUUCUCAGACCCUUUUCAUUCACAUCAGGAAAACCUUCGUCAGUUGAUGUCCAGUUUUCCUGUUCAAUUGGAUCAAGACCUCUUGGUAAAUUCCCCAGGUGGGAAACAUCAUCAUCAUCGUCAUCAUCAUCAUGCUCAUGAAUGCCCAAAACCGAAAUGCCCAAAGGAGGCUCCAAAGCAGCCUAAUGAGGGUAACUGCUCAGUGGAUCCAUUCAACCAGAUGAUGGAACAAAUGAGGAGAGACAUGCUUGAAAUGCAACGCAACAUAAAACAUGGUCCUUGCAGUACUGAUGACCAUACUUUAAACACCUCUACUGUAAUGAGUUAUGCAAAAGUGGGAAAUGAACCCCCCAAAGUGUUCCAGGCUUCCACUCAUGUACAUCGUGUUCCUGGUGGAAUUAGAGAGACGAGACGGGCAGUGAAAGACUCUGAAACUGGAAUUGAAAAGUUAUCGAUUGGCCAUCACAUUAAAGACCGUGCUCAUGUUAUUCAGAAAUGUAAAAACCAGAGAACAGGUGAUGAAGAAGUUGAUCAAGAAUUUAUCAACCUACAUGAAGAUGAUGUGCAAAUCUUUGACCAAGAGUGGCAGGAAAAGGUGUCAAAGUAUCUGCCUCCUGGAACACACACAGUUGGGCUUCACGAUGUUAAAAAAGCUAUGGAAGGACAAAGGUCAAAACAUGGAAGGAGACAACCGAUGUGUCAAGUUAUUCCUCCUUCUACUUGUAUGUGCCCUGACGGGAAUUCUCCUGUUGGAAACAUGAAAUCAAGAAAUGGAAGAAUAUGAGUACUUUACCAAAACUACUUGGCUCGGGCAAUUAUUGUUCAGUACCAAGGCUGUGCUUUUGAGUGUUAGCUUAGUUCCUCUAGCAUACUUCAGUUCACCUCGAGCCUUAGGCUAUGUAGUCCCAUAACUUGCAUUUCAUUUUUGUCAUCAGCAACGUGUACCAAAUAAAAGAAAUGCAUUUUAUAGACGUUAAAGGUUAAAUAUCUACUGAGUCAAGUUAGGCAUCCAAUAAAGUAGGCUUCAGACUUACUGGUGAUGUAGGAGAUUUGAUCAAUUAAUAUCCUGUCAACGCAAUUAGCAUUGAUUUUUCUUGCACUCUUUAUACAAACCUGCACAGUGUGUUAUUUGGAAUGAUACUUUUUAGAUGGCAUCAGUGGGAUGAAUUCAUAACUUCAUAAAUCAUAGGAUCAGAAUUAGGGCAUUGGGUCCACUUUGCCAUUCACUCAUGGCUUUCCUUCUCAACUCCAUUCUCUGACCUCAUAACCUUUGACAAGUCAAGUCAAGAGAGUUUAUUGUCAUGUGUCCCAGAUAGGACAAUUAAAUUCUUGCUUGCUGCAGCACAACAGAGUAUUGUAGCAUAAAUACAGAACAGUUCAGUAUGUCUAUAAUAGCACAGACCAUAUAUAUACACACAUAAAUAAACAGAUAAAGUGCAAUAGGCUGUUAUAGUUCAGAGUUUGUUUGAUGGUGAAUUUAAUACCCUGAUGGCUGGGGGGAAGAAGCUGUUCCUGAACCUGGAUGUACCAGAUUUCAGACACCCUUACUUAUCACGAACCUGACAAUUUCCACUUAAAAAAAAUACCCAAUGAUUUGGCCUCCACAGCCAUCUGUGGCAAAAAAAUCCACAGAUUCACUACCCUCUGACGAAAGAAAUUCUUCCUCUUCUCCUUUUUAAAUGUACGUCCUUUUAUUCAGGGGCUGUGCCCUCUGAUCCGACCUCUCCCACAAGUAGAAACAUCCUCUGCACAUCCACUCCAUCCAGGCCUUUCACUAUUAGGCACGUUUCAAUGAGGUGCCCUCUCAUCCUUCUAAAAUCCAGCAUGUACAGGUCCAGUGCCGUCAAAUGCUCAUCAUACUUUAACCUAAUUAUCCCCGGGAUAUUAGGUCUGUAACCUUCUAUGCAUAUGGGUGGCUAGCUUCCAGCAGUAAUUUUACUGCAUUAUAGACCCAGGAAAAGUAGAUGGUCUGUUGUGUCUUCAGGCGCUCUUAAAGUGGAUGUAUCAUAUCUGUCAGUUUGGUCAAUACGAACAGCAUCACUGUCAGGACAUACUGUGGCAUCAGAAAAAAUUAACUGGUCUGAAGAAGGAUCUCGACCUGAAACAUCACCUACCUAUUUAUUUUCUCCAGAGAUGCUGCCUGACCAGCUGUUAUUCCAGCAUUUUCGGUGUGAACCAGCAUCUGCAGUUCCUUCCCACACAUUAACUGAUCUUAUUUUGACAAUCUUCACAUUUCUCUUAAAUAAGAGAAAUGUAUGACACUUUUCCAGCAGCACCAUCAAUAAUUUUUAACCAGACAAUUCUUUUGUAAUAUCUUCUUUCAGUUACAAAUGCACUCCCAAAGCUCUCAGACCUGAAAUUUCCUUACUCCCUUUCUUGCCUGAAGAAAGUUAUAAAAUCUUUCUAUUGGACCUCAUCUAUUUACCUUGACAGGAAAACUAUGAUGUUUUUAAGGUAAUACUGCAGAUCUUGUGGGAUGUCAUCUGUAGAUUUGUGUCACUCAUACUGUGACUCUGCCCACAGGCUUAUUAGAGAGCUCUCUCUCGCUCUUAAGACUAAUUAUGCAUGCUGAGAUGAAAGCUCGUUGACUUACCUCUGCAGAGUUGCUAAUAAAAGGCUAUGGAUUCGAAUCACUUUGUGAGCUUGA